GUGAAAUUCAACAACGCAGAACAUAUUCUCAUUUGGGAAAUAGAAGCUGGAACUUACUUAUUAAAUUUUAGGUUGUGAUAAGUAAGCUUGCUCCAUUUUCAUUUGCAGGCUCCCUUUUCUCCUUAGGAUAAUGUUAUCAUUGGAUGUAAACCAUUGCCUGAUGUUUGCCGUGGAGCUAAUGCUUCUGUUUUACAGCACAGGUAUAAAUGGAGACUGCAAACCCAAGAAUACCCUCUUUAUCAGUCCCAAAUCAAUAGUUGAUGCAUAUUUUCCAUCAGAAACUAUCUACCAAAAGGACAAUGGAAUUAAACUCUGUUUCAACAUCCAACCAAAUAAUACACGUGCAGAGUGUUGUAACAGCACGAAUUUCGACUGCAAUAUUGAAGUAAAAAUAGAUCAAGGUAAAUACAGGCUAAAUCUAACUGAAAAGAUUUUAUCCAACCAAGAUAUUGUGGUGAUGAAGGAUCCAGAGCAUAAUUAUUCAUGUAUGCCAUCCCAGCUCUACAAAAGCAGCCCUGGUUUUCUUUAUAACAUCCACCGCUGCUUGAGUGAAAGUAUGAAGAAUAUGAGUAUGAAUAUGAGACUGAGCAAUGGGAGCUUUUGUGAAAAACUUUGCAAGGGAAAAACAGAAUAUGUCAUUAGUGAUAAUGACACAUGUAAUGUGUCAUGCAACCCGAAACCAUCCACAACCACCACCAGCAUCAAUUCUUCCAGCUCCUCUUCUGGACAAUCAUCCACAACAAUCACCCCCAGCUCCUCUUCUGGACAAUCCACAACAAUCACCCCCAGCUUCUCUUCUGGACAAUCAUCCACAACAAUCACCCCCAGCUCCUCUUCUGGACAAUCCACAACAAUCACCCCCAGCUCCUCUUCUGGACAAUCAUCCACAACAAUCACCCCCAGCUCCUCUUCUGGACAAUCAUCCACAACAAUCACCCCCAGCUCCUCUUCUGGACAAUCCACAACAAUCACCCCCAGCUCCUCAUCUGGACAAUCAUCCACAACAAUCACCCCCAGCUCCUCUUCUGGACAAUCAUCCACAACAAUCACCCCCAGCUCCUCUUCUGGACAAUCAUCUUCAACAACCACCAGCAAUAACAAUAACCAACCAAGACCUAUUGACCUUUCCAUCAACAAUACCAUUCCUAACCCAGUAGACGUCAUGAAAAAUCUAUCCUUUGUCCUUGAACUGAUGGGUAAUUCCAGCACAGCAAGAAUCAAGAUGGGCAACGUCACAGGAGUGAUUGCCAAACUCUCCCAGAAAAAUCAAACCAACAUGAACUUUGCCUUCACAGAAAAUGCUGACGUGAAGAUCGUUAAAGGAGAAGACAGCAAUUUUACGGGCCCAUUUCAUUUCAUUGAUAUUCCUAAAGAGGCCAGUAAAAUGGCGGUGGAGAGAAAUGGAUCAUUUCUUGGAAUUCUGUUGUUUCCACAACAGCAUGCGGGUGACAGCAGUAAAUACUAUUUAAACAGAGAGAUAUUUGGAAUAGAAAUGGGGGCAAAAAUACAAAACCUUUCACAACCCAUCGAGAUUCAGUACAGUAAUGUGGACAAGAAAGGAGCGAAUGCUUCUUGCGUGUCUUGGGAUGGAAAAAGCACAGAUGCAAACGGGAAAUCACUCUGGAUCACAGAUGGCUGUCAAACAGUGGAGACCAAUAACAGCAUCACCUGCCAGUGCACACAUCUAACCUUUUUUGCCAUACUCAUGUCACCUCCACCUGCAAACAUCAGCGCUUCUGAUGUUAAUUCUCUGACCUACAUCACUUCAAUCGGUUGUGGACUGUCGCUGUUUUUCUUGAUCGUCGGUCUCUUCAUGCACGUUCUCGUCAGAAAAGGGAAAGCAAGCGAAGCAACAAAAAGAUUCUGA